AGUUUACAAGUCACUGAAAGCACAUCAGUUUUCAGAUUUAUUUUGCUGUCGCCGUUUUCUCUUGAAUUGUUAUUACGCGAUGAAUCGGUUAACCAGUUUACUGGCAAUUCUCGUUUCGUGUGUUUCGUUCGCGAAGUCGUCCGGGGAAGUUUUCCACGAGUAUUGUGUUGUCGGCGCUGGGCCGGGAGGUCUUCAAAUAGGAUUUUACCUUGAACGUGCCGGGCGCGAUUAUGUAAUCUUUGAACGAGAUGGUCUAGCAGGUGCAUUUUACGCGAAGUAUCCAAGACAUAGAAAGUUAAUAUCCAUUAACAAGAGACAUACAGGACAUAACUACUCUAAAGCCUUGUAA